AUGACCCAUAUGCAAUAUGCGGGCCACGCCUAUGACAAGGGCGAGCAGAUUUGGAUCAACAUUGGCUGGAAUUCCACGGGAAACCAGCGGAUCCCAGGUGAAGUGCCGUCUAUACUGGCUGACUCAGUUGAAGACGUUCGAUGGAAGGCCUUCGUGUCUGACCUGCGGCCAUCAUUGGCCGCGAACACGAUUUCUGUGCCAGGAUGCCUGCAAUGUCCCUGCGGCUUCUGCAUUCUCUGCCCAUACGCUUGUGCAAAGAAGGCUGCUUUUGAUGCAGCGAUGACGCAAGCGACGGAAAGGCAUAAGGCCAACUUGCCUGGUCUAGUCGGGUGGAAGUUGGUGCACAGAGCACGCAAGGAGGAUCCAAAUGCCUCCAUGGGAUACAAUAUCAUUUUUCUGAAAAGCGGUAUGCCUCAAGGCUCUCGGGGCAUGUCCAGUAUGCCAGCUAUGCCCGUUGUAGUUGCGCGUGUUGUGGGCGAUGCUCCAGCGCAGGAGCAAAUGGUCCGGACCACGACGACUCAACAGAUAGAGGAGAUAAAUUCUUUGUUAGAGCGAGGUCUCAUCACCCAAGAGGAAUUCACAAAAAAGAAGGCCUUGAUUCUAGGUUUGCCAGCCACUUAG